AGCAAAGCAUACCACCAAGAGAACACCUCGGUGCUAGUAAAUAUUGCAGCAAGAGUUUCGAGAUAGAUAUGCCAGCUGCUGUCAAUUCCCAGCACUUGAAACGUAGAGAGCGGUAGGAGACGAAUUGUUUUUGUUCAUUCGAUGGUAAUGAGAGUGCCGUCAUUGAAAAAAGGCGGAGAUUCUGGCUUGAGUUUACAUGAAUCUGGUUGCGGGUUCCCCGUCUCUACUCAGUCUGUGGCUACUACCACCGGAAGGAUGAGGAGACAUACUUGCUUUGUGUUGCUUUUUAUUGCUGCCACCGUCCCAGUGUAUGUUCUGGGAUAUUCUCAUGGGCGAGUCAGUAGUGCCUGUGCUACCAUGCGUCCCAACCAUUCUGGAAGUAAUGCACAAUCAACAAAUCUACCUUAUCAAAUCAUUGCAAGUAGCAGCACUUUUAACCCAGGGGAUACAAUCCAAGUGAUGCUGCGAAGCAAUCCAGGGACCACCUUCAAAGGAUUUUUGCUGGAGGCUCGAGCAGCUGAAUCUUCAUCAUCUGCAACACCACUUGGCACCUUCACUGAAAUGAUUGCAGAUGCUCAACUCCUCAACUGCACUGUUACUGGGACUACCUACACAAAUUCUGGUGUUUGGCAAAUAGAGUUGCAUUCAGAGAUCCCAUUCAUCUCAACCGAGAAAGUGGAUGUUACAGUUGUACAGUUAGUUGUCGGGGACAACAACAGAUCAACCCUCAUCAAGACUCACGGUGCACUGAUGUUAAUAGCCUGGAUGACAGUUGGAAGCAUUGGCAUGAUAAUUGCUAAAUUCUUUAAGAGCCUUGGAGGCUCAACGAAGAUUUUGGGCAAGAAAAUUUGGUUUCAACUUCAUUGGACACUGAUGAUGCUAACUGUUAUUACAACAAUCAUUGGCUUUGUGUUAGCUUUUGUGCAGGUGAAAGGGUGGAGUUACAGUGCAGGAGCUCAUCCUGUGUUGGGGUGUACAGUAAUGGGUCUCGCACUGAUUCAACCCUCUGUAGCCUUUUUCAGACCUUCACCAGAUCACGAGAGACGAUUCAUCUUUAACAUUUUUCACAAUUUCAUGGCUCUAGCCAUUAAGAUUCUUGCAGUGGCAACUCUAUUUCUUGGGUUCAAAUUGAUUGAAGGAACAGAAAAUGCAUGGAUGCAGAAGGUCUUGGGAGGAUUUGUUGGAUGGGAAUGUCUGAUCUAUGUCCUGUUGUUCAUAUGCUGCUAUUUUAAAGAAGAAGAUUGGUACGUCGACUGCCAGGAAAAGGUGGAACCUGACUUGGUGAUACUGAUUGUGUACCUAUGUGGAAACUUGGCAUUUCUGAUAGCUCUUCUCGUGGGAAUUGGACAGACUUAAAGUCGCAUUUGGAAGUGAGACCACAACGGAUAUAUAUUAACAUCAUCACUAAUAUGGAUAUACAUAUAUAUUAAUAUGAUUGGUGCAACAUCACCAUAUCAUAGCAAACCUUGAGCCUGAGCUAUGUCCUAAAAUGUACAUCUCUCAGGACAGAAGAAAUGUAACAGGAGUACAAAACAGCUCCAUAGUUGCAGAAAAUUUGAUUGUGAAACAUAAUUAUUUUGUUCAAAUUAUCAUAACUCCUCUGGUCUUUUGAUGCAAUGAUUCAAUGAAACAUUUUGUUAAAUCAUUAAGUACAGCCAUCAUUACAUAAAACCCCAAUAUGCAAUUAUAAAUUUUCCCUCUCAUUGAA